AUGCUCCUCACAGACCUCCCGCCCGAGCUUAUCGAGGAAGUGCUCACCUACUGCGACCCUCUCGAUGUCUCCAAGCUAGCCCAGAUGUGCAGCACACUGCGAAAGCUCGUCUAUGGCGCCGAAGAUUCCAAACUAUGGCGCGAGCUCUACCUCAUGCAGCCGUUCGACGACCCCCGGCACUGUAUUGCGCAGGACGGCAACCCCGUUCCCCAGCCGAUCGCAUGGCGGGACGAGCUGCAGCGUCUCAUGCGCGUGCGAACCAUCCUUACCUCAUCCAACGCCUUUGCGAUCCUCAAACCAGGCGAACUCAAAGUAAUCCUCAAAUUCAUCCUCAAAUUCAUCAGCAACGUCCCCCCGAUCUCGCCCUUUGGUGAUGUAGCCAUGAACCACGUCUGGGCUGUCGCGAUGCUUCAAGGCGGGUUCAUAGAUCUACUAGAGAACAAAGAGGGGAAGGACGACGAGGAGAGGCAGCUCACCUCGAAGCUGCACACAUACUACGGGAUCACCGUCGCAGACAAACAGGCGCGCAAAAGGGUUCUCUCGCGCGCCUUCGUCUAUUCUCUGCGCAACUACCGCCCCGAGACGGAGUACGGCCCGUUCUUCUCCUCGGGCGCGGUCAACUGGGAGCACAUGCAGGCUAUCCACCACGUCGUGUCCAUGCACCUCGUCGAUCUGCAGGAGGAGGCGGAUUAUAAGUUUCCGAUUUUCCCACUGAGUUUGCCGUUUACGCAGUCGGCGAUCCCGCCUGAGUUGGCGCUGGACGAGCCGGAGAGUGAUUGGGCGGGGGUUGCGGGCACAUGGAAUGGUUUAAUGAAGCUAAUGUAUGCGCCUCUCUCCUACCUCACCGAGCCUUUUAACAAUCCACAGGAAUCACGGGUAGACUACUCGAUGUUUGAAGACCCCGAGUUCCGCGAGGAGUUCCGCUCUUUAGGUGUCACCCUGCACAUCACACGCACAAAGCCUGACCCGCAGCAUCCGACGAGACCAGAAAUUCAUUUCUUCGGCGAGAUGAUGGCCCCAUCGAAUUCGACGAUGAUUGGGCAUGUUAAGAUGACGAAUGAGAAUCAGAUUCAGUGGCAUUUUGUAUCGGGAGACCAAGGGAAUGGCAUCUGGAGCUCGGAAGGCAUACAGGUGGGCGGUAUACGAUCCAGCUACGGGGUGCUCGGAUCAUGGACAACUGUAUUCCACGACUUCGACGACCCCGUCGAUCUACUCCUGAUAACCAACGGAUUCGCUUUCACCCUCAAGCUCAAUCUCGCGUUACGGAGGAUCCUUCGUCGAUUCGAACCUGUGUUAGUUUUCUGGGCCUUUGGGCCUUUGGAAGCCAAGCUGUCUCAAGGCUUGCAUCGAUCCAGACGUCAAACAGCAAAUUUCUGCUCGAAACGAGGACGCCGGGUAGUAAUGGGUGCUGCAGGUGUUGAGGGCCAAUUUGUAGGCCCUAUGCCUAUCGAAAAUAUGCUGGAGCUGCUGCCGGUCAUGGAUCUAAAGCAAAAGAUGGAAGUUAUGCCACACUUUACGAAGAAUUAUUUCUUUGGACUGGACGAACAAGACGAGAAGAAGGAGAUGUGUAAUUCAUUCAUUCAACGUGUUGGAGCGAGUCAAGCUAUUUCAGGGUUCCAGCUGGUUAACUCGUCGGCAUAUUCCUAUGCAGAUUCAGAGGCUUUGGUGCCUGAUGUGGUGGCGUAUAAACAGAGCGUAGCAGUCCCGCAAAACAGCAUCGACUACAUGGAGCUGGAGUUGAUUUUCGAGUUUAGAACCCAGCAAGACAAAGCGGACCCUUUUGAUCAUAGAGCCACCAAGGAUAGCAUUGACUCGGAAAGCCAGUUGGAUUCAACCGAAUCACAACAUCCUUUCGAGGCUAGAGGCGACGCGAACAAGGUGUGCCCAAGGCGGAUAUACAACUAUGCGAAAAUGUGGCUCGGAGCUCAACACCGCACGCAUUGCUACAUCGUGGAUAUUGGGGACCCCUACGCACGAAUUAUUCGGUUUGAUCGUGCGGGUGCGCUCGUCUCCGAACAGAUUAAUUAUCGGAUUGAUGGACAUUUACUUCUGGAAUUUCUCUGGCGACACUCUCAAACCACUGACGAAGCCCGUGGGCACGAUACAACGGUCAGAAUGGUGCCUCUAGACGACGAGAAAGUCAAGCUGGCACAGAGCAAGCUAUGCCAAUGGAGACCACAAGAUCACAACGCCAAAGUUCUCGAAAUGGAUAUUCCACCAAGUGCUGGUGGGGUGGCACAUACAGUUUAUGUUUGGGGGGCUUUAUCUGAACCACACUCACUGAUUGGAAGGGCGACGCGAGGGUACCCGGCGUGGGACCCCAGUCGUCCGGAGGGGGAGGACAUUGUCUUUUUGAAGGAUUCCUGGAGAUCGUGUGCGCCAGGUAUGGAAAAGGAAACCGAUAUACUUCAGACUCUGAACAAACAUGGUGUCCGAAAUGUACCACAAUACCUCUACGGCGACGACAUACCUGGCCAUAGGACAAUCACCCAGGAUUAUACCGAAGCAGAAUGGAAUGCAGGUGGAGUCGCAAAGGACGUUAUAAAGAGAGUGCACAUUAGAUUCGUUGAAGACGUUGUCGGUCUUCCUCUCUGGGAGUUCGAGAACCCAAGGCAGUUGGUCGUGGCUAUACAUGAUGCUAUAAUUGCUCACCAAGAUGCGUAUCAGCUCUGCGGGAUUCUACACAGAGACGUGAGCUUAGGAAAUAUCCUACGGAGGAGAGAUGGUAAAGGCGGAGUGCUGAAUGACUGGGACCUGGCAGCACGCUACAACAUUGAAACACAUACUCCUCUCAAGCAGCAAUCUCGGUCGGGAACGUGGCAGUUCAUGUCAAUAGGACUUCUCGAGGACCCGUCAAAGGUUCACCACUGCAUCGACGACGCCGAGUCUUUUAUUUGGGCCCUUCUUUACUGCACUAUGCGUUACAUGAAGACCAGCAUUGUGCCUAUAAGGUUGCAAUCAGUAAUGGAGAGGAUAUUUGAUCAAGUUGACCGAGAUGUCCCAGGCGAAUUAAACACAGGCGGGGCUGGCAAACAAUCUUUCGUCACCGGCAAUCGUUUUAGCUUCGGAGGCUUCGUUGUUAGCGACAAUGAACCACUGACAAGCCUGAUAGCUAAACUCUUCAAAAGUAUUAUUUUAGAGUUUCGCAUUCGUCUUGCAGGGUCUCCCAUCCACAUCGACAAACUUAUGAUAGACCACCAAUUUACUCGUGAACAGGCUCAAGAAACAUUUGACCGCGAAACCAACGAGCUAGGAGUGCAGCUUUAUCUACUUAUGGAAUCAACUUUAAAGGAGUCCCUCAACAAGGAUUGGCCAAGCAGUGAUUUCGGUUGGCACGACUACCUCGAACUGUUAAAGACCGCAAAUGCUAAAAAGCAUCCCGUUGACUCCGCGUUUAGUUCUGUUUUGGAUGGGUCUCCCUUGCACCAACCAAGGAAGAGACAGAAGCAUUCCAAUGAUACACCAUACCUUUCUUCCGGUUUGCAGCGAACCAAACAUCAAGCAGUACCGUAUUCUGGGCGGAACACUGUGGGAUUCAUGGGUGCGGUCGAUCUUCAAGGCCGAUUUGUGGGCCCUAUGCCUAUUGAGGAUAUGCUGGAGUUGUUGCCAGUAGCGGAGCUAAGGACCAAAACCAUGCUGAAUUUCGCGCAUAAUUACUUCACUGCGUUGGAUGUACAGGGCGAGAAGAAAGAGAUGUCUGAUUCAUUAAUUCAACGUGUUAUAGCGAGUCAGGCUAUUCCUGGGUUCCAGCUGAUCAACUUGUCGAAAUAUUCUUACGGAGAUUCAGAGGCUUUGGUGCCGGAUGUGGUGGUGUACAAACAGAGCGUAACAGUUCCUCAAAACAACAUUGACUACACGGAGCUGGAGUUGGCUUUUGACAUUAGAAACACACGAGAAAGAGCCGACCCUUUUGAUUGUAGAGCCGUCAAGACCAUUGGCUCAGAAGGCCAGUCGGAAUCUGAGUCUCAAUAUCCUUUCGAGGCCAGAGGCGACGCGAACAAGGUGUGUCGAAGGCGGAUAUGCAAUUAUGCGAAAAAGUGGCUCUCAGCUCAACACCGCGUGCAUUGCUACGUCGUGUAUGUUGGUGAUCCCUACGCGCGGAUUAUUCGUUUUGACCGUGCGGGUGCGCUCGUCUCUGAACAGAUUAAUUAUCGGAUUGAUGGACAUUUACUUCUGGAAUUUCUCUGGCGACACUCUCAAACCACUGACGAAGCCCGUGGGCAUGAUACAACGGUCAGAAUGGUGCCUCUAGACGACGAGAAAGUCAAGCUGGCACAGAGUAAGCUAUACCAAUGGAGACCACAAAAUGAUAACGUGAAGGUUCUCGAAAUGGAUAUUCCAACAAAUGCUGGUGGGGUGGCACAUACAGUUUAUGUUUGGGGAGCCUUAUCAGAACCCUACUUGGUGACUGGAAGAGCGACUCGAGGAUACCCGGCGUGGGACCCCAAUCGUCCCGAGGGGGAGGACAUUGUCUUUUUGAAGGAUUCCUGGAGAUCAUGUGCGCAAGGCACGGAAAAGGAAACCGACAUACUUCAGAUUUUGAACAAACAUGGCGUUCGAAAUGUACCACAAUACCUCUACGGCGACGACAUUGCUGGCCACAUGACAAUCACCCAGGAUUAUGCCGCAGCGGAAUGGAAUGCAGGUGGAGUUACGAAGGAUAUUAUAAAGAGAGUGCACAUUCGGUUUGUCGAAGACAUCGUUGGUCUUCCUCUUUGGGAAUUCGAGAACCCAAAGCAGUUGGUUGAGGCUGUCCAUGACGCUGUAAUCGCCCACCAGGAUGCAUACCAGCUCUGUGGGAUUCUACACCGAGAUGUGAGCAUAGGAAAUAUCCUACGGAGGAGAGAUGGUGCAGGCGGGGUUCUGAACGACUGGGACCUCGCGGCGCGCUACAAUAUUGAAACACAUACUCCUCUCACGGACAAGAAGCAUCAAUCUCGGGCGGGAACUUGGCAGUUCAUGUCAAUAGGACUUCUCCGGGACCCGUCAAAGGUUCACUAUUGCAUCGACGAUGCUGAGUCUUUUAUUUGGGCCCUUCUUUACUGCACAAUGCGGUAUAUUAAGACCAGCAUUGUGCCUAUAAGGCUGCAAAAUACCAUGGAAGAUCUAUUUGACCAAGUUACCGAGGCGUACCAGGCGAAUUAA